AUGGGCCAGGUGUCUGCCCCCGUGGUGGAGGACAUGGACAUCUGCCGCCAGAACCUGCUCAACGUGGUGGGCGAGCGGCACCCCAUGCUGCUGGCCGCCGCCAACCAGAUCUUCAGCGCGGGCGGCAAGCGGCUGCGGCCGCUCAUAGUGCUGCUGGUGGCGCGCGCCACCUUCCCGCUGACCGGCCUUAGCGACAUCACCGAGCGGCACCGGCGGCUGGCUGAGAUCUCGGAGAUGCUGCACACCGCCAGCCUUGUGCACGACGACGUGCUGGAUGAGUGCGACGUGCGGCGAGGCAAGGAGACGGUGAACAGCCUGUACGGCACGCGCGUGGCGGUGCUGGCCGGCGACUUUCUGUUUGCCCAGUCCUCCUGGUUCCUGGCCAACCUGGACAAUAUGGAGGUCAUCAAGCUGAUCUCCCAGGUCAUCGCCGACUUUGCCGACGGCGAGAUCAGCCAGGCGGCCUCGCUGUUUGACGCCUACAUCGACCUGCGCCGCUACCUCGACAAGUCCUUCUGGAAGACCGCCUCCCUCAUCGCCGCCUCCUGCCGCUCCGCAGCCGUCUUCUCAGACUGCGACACGGAGGCGCGCCCUCCCAAUAGGUCGUGCUCCCUGCCACCCCGGCUGCCUCCCCCGCGCCGCGUGGCCUUGCCGGCCCACCUCGCCGGCCGCUGCCCCUGGCCCCCCCUGCUGCGCCGCGUGCAGGACGAGAUGGUGGGCGACGGCCUGCUGCAGCUGAUCCAGGGGCGGUUCAAGGAGGAGGGCAGCCUGCAGCGCGCGCUGGAGCUGGUCAGCCUGGGCGGCGGCAUCGACAAGGCUCGCACCCUGGCGCGGGAGCAGGGCGACCUGGCGCUCGCCUCGCUGGCCUGCCUGCCCGACACGCCCGCCAAGCGCAGCCUGGAGCUCAUGGUGGACCUGGUGCUGGAGCGGCUGUACUGA